AUGACAAAUUUUCUCACUCUGAUUUUGUCUACCGCAUCACAAAUUUUCGUAGGUCACCACAUGGAUCGAGCAGCAAAACGUGGUGUUGAAGCAGUUCGAAUAUGAAUAGUGCAAAAGUAUCGUACCUAGCUGAAAUCGCAUCACAAAGUCGCUCGGCAUGUAAACAAAUGGAAUUUUUUGUCGUGCUGAAUUACGUAAUAACCUAGAUUUGUCAUGCAAAAAUAUUGCGAUUACUACGUGUACGAUACUUUUGCAGAGGAUAUCGAAGAGCUGUACGAAAGAGGAAGAUUUUUUACUUGUCUUCAAGGAGAAGAAGGAUGGACUAUUAAGGGCGUCAUGCGAAUUUGUCAAGAACAGAAUUUUUGUCAUGCUAGCUAG